GGGCGUGCGUGGCCGAAAGAGCGAGGCGCUGAGGAGAAAUCGGCGUCGUGGCUGAGGAGGAGGAGGAGGCGGCCGAGGGAGACGAGGAAGCGAGCCAGCGGCGGGCGGAGGAAAGCGGAGAGCGGCCCCGCGGGGUGCGGGCGGCCCGGGCAGAUUCCAUAAUGAUGAAUGGUUCCAACGUGGCCAACACAACCACAGCUGCAACCACCCCUGCAAAAUCCAAGGAGGACCAGGUAGUGAACGGGCACGAUGAGAAGGAGAACAACCCCUUUGCCGAGUACAUGUGGAUGGAGAAUGAGGAGGACUUCAACCGGCAGGUGGAGGAAGAGCUGCAGGAGCAAGAGUUCCUGGACCGCUGCUUCCAGGAGAUGUUGGACGAGGAGGACCAGGACUGGUUCAUUCCCUCCCGCGACCUGCCCCAGGGCAUCGGGCAGCUCCAGCAGCAGCUGAACGGGCUCUCGGUCAGCGACGGCACCCACAGCCACGUUUCGGAAGACAUUUUGAGCAAAAGCACCUUAAACCCGGACGCCAAGGAGUUUGUCCCCGGAGUGAAGUACUGAGCCUUCCAAGGGAGCUUCACAGAGACUCUUGUUUUCUGCCCUGGAGGGGCGGGCGGG